AUGAAACUCCCUAUCAGCCUUCCUUCUUUGGUCCUCUUGGUGAGCCUAGCAACUGCACCUGUAUACUCUGUACAGCUUUGGAAUUCGUCCAGUGCCCUCCCCGAUAGCAUUCCUCUGGAAUGUCGGAACGCAUUGAGCACAAACAUUACCUGUCCUCAGCUAGUGUCCCCCAAUAAGGUCACACAGCAGGUGCUUUACAGUCCGGCGGACCUUACCAAGCUCUGUGGGAACACUACACUAAGUUAUGGAAGUACGAAUACGACGGGUACUCAGCUGGUAGACCCUCUAGUUUGGGCGCAUAAUGUUACUUGCCUUCAGAAUUCAAAGGGAUUUUGCAAUCCUCAGAUGUUCAAUUCAUCGUCCAGCCUCGACGCAUGCUCUGAUUGUGUCCUCUCAUACGUUUCUCACAUGCUUGAAUCCGACUACGGCCGUGUCAGAUUUCGUGACAAGAGCUUCUCGAGUCAGCUUUCGUCGUGUGGUGUGCCUGCCACCAAGUAUCCAUAUACGACCCCUACCUCGGCUCCUAUUUCAUCGAGCACAGUCUCUACUUCAGUCUCACCAACGACUACGGGCCAAGUCUGCAAUGGUGAUAGCUUCACUGUUAGCAAAGAUGACACUUGCAAGUCGAUUGCUGAGGCCAAUUCAAUCCCGUACGGCACUUUCCUCGCCGAUAAUGGGAUUGACCAAAACUGCACAACCUUGAAGACCGGAUCAGAGGUGUGUCUGUCACCAGCUUGCACUCUUUACACGGUGAAAGAAGGAGAUACCUGCAAGAGCAUCCUUCAAGGGAAGGGUUUCUAUAAAAACCAGCUGUUGUCUUGGAACCCGACACUUCGCACAAACUGCGAUAACCUCAAGACUAUGGUUGACCAGGGUAUCUGCAUUUCCCCACCAGGAAGCUCGGAAUGGGACGUUGUGACGACCAACCGAACCUCCACCAUGACAUUCACUAUGUUCACCGGUGACUGGGAAACUGGCCCACCGCCAACUCCGGUGACGGAGUCCCCAACAUACACUGCUCUUCCGACCAAUUUUACUUCUAUCACAAGUACAGUCACAAUCAACCAAACAGCACAAAGCAUAAUUGGCGAGUACUCCAAGUACUGCCCCAUUUCAGAUGAAGACUACGAGGACGGCUUCCAGUGGGAAGACCUUUCGGACAGCUGCCAGGAUCUGCUUGAUCCAUACUGUAAUCCGGAUAUCGACUCUGCCUCGCCUAAAUCAACAAAUUUCCCAGGCUCUUGUACACCAACCCCAGUCUCUGCCACUACGACUGGAACCUCAACACCAACCCCAUCGCCAACACUUCCUGGUACAGCCUCUAAGUGUAGUCAAUUCUACUACGUCGUCACGAACGACACCUGUCCUGCGAUAGUCGAGGAGUAUGGCAUUACGCUGAAAGAUUUCUAUUCCUGGAACCCUGGCGUCGGAUCCGACUGCCGGACUCUAAAAACAGAAUACUAUGUUUGCGUUGCUGUUUCCGGUGGCUCGAACACGACCACUACAAGUCGUUCCUCGACAACUACUACAACUGGUAGUGCAAACCCGUCACCAACUCAGAAUGGUGUUGCAUCCAACUGCGAUGAGUGGCAUUAUGUCAAAGAUGGCGACGGAUGUUUCGACCUGUCAAAGACGUAUGAUAUCACACUUGACGACUUCUAUUCCUGGAAUCCUGCCGUUGGCGAUGGUUGUAAAAAUCUCAACACAGAAUAUUAUGUCUGUGUGGGCGUAAACGGUGGCACGGCUCCAUCUACGACUACUCAAAAGCCUACGUCUACCGGGGAUGGCACCACCACCAAUCCCACUGAGACUCUGCCAGGAACCAUUGAUACGUGUAAGAAGUAUUACAAGGUUGCGAAUGGUGAUGGGUGCUAUGACAUCGCCGCAGCCCAUGAUAUAACUCUGAACAAUUUCUAUUCCUGGAAUCCGAGUGUCAAAGAUGAUUGCAGUGGGCUCAAGUUCGAUAGUUACGUCUGUGUGGGAAUCUAG